ACAGCUGGCGCUACAACUACCACAGAGGCUCCAACAACAACAACAACAGCCACUCCUACAACUAGCACAGAGGCUCCAACAACAACCACAGCUUCUCCCACUACAACCCCAGCUGGCCCUACAACUACCACAGAGACUCCAACAACAACAACAGCCACUCCUACAACUACCACAGAGGGUCCAACAACAUCAACAGCCGCUCCAACAACAACAACAGCUUCUCCCACUACAACCACAGCUGCACCUACAAUUACCACAGAAGCUCCAAUAACAACAACAGUCACUCCUACAACUAGCACAGAGGCUCCAACAAAAACCACAGCUUCUCCCACGACAACCACAGCUGCCCCUACAACGAGCACAGAGGCUCGAACAACAACCACAGCUUCUCCCACUACAACCACAGCUGGCCCUACAACUACCACAGAGGGUCAAACAACAACAACAGCCGCUCCAACAACAACCACAGAGACUCCAACAACAACAACAGCCACUCCUACAACUACCACAGCUUCUCCCACUACAACCACAGCUGGCCCUACAACUACCACAGAGGCUCCAACAACAACAACAGCUGCCCCAACAACUACUACAGAGGCUCCAACAACAACAACAUCCGCUCCCACUACAACCCCAGCUGCCCCUACAACUACCACAGACGCUCCGACAACAACCACAGCUUCUCCUACUACAAACACAGCUGCCCCUACAACGAGCACAGAGGCUCCAACAACAACCACAGCUUCUCCCACUACAACCACAGCUGGCGCUACAACUACCACAGAGGCUCCAACAACAACAACAACAGCCACUCCUACAACUAGCACAGAGGCUCCAACAACAACCACAGCUUCUCCCACUACAACCUUAGCUGGCCCUACAACUACCACAGAGACUCCAACAACAACAACAACAGCCACUCCUACAACUACCACAGAGGUUCCAACAACGACAACAGCUGCUCCCACUACAACCACAGCUGCAUCUACAACUACAACAGGUGCUCCCACUACAACAUCAGCUGCACCUAUAACCGCAACAGAGGCUCCAACACCAACCACAGCUUCUCCUACUACAACCACAGCUGGCCCUACAACUACCACAGAGGCUCCAACAACAACAUCAGCCACUCCUACAACUAGCACAGAGGCUCCAACAACAACAACAGCCACUCCUACAACGAGCAAAGAGGCUCCAACAACAACCACAGCUUCUGCCACUUCAACCACAGAGGCUCCAACAACAACAACAGCUGCCCCAACAACUACUACAGAGGCUCCAACAACAACAACAUCCGCUCCCACUACAACCCCAGCUGCCCCUACAACUACCACAGACGCUCCGACAACAACCACAGCUUCUCCUACUACAAACACAGCUGCCCCUACAACGAGCACAGAGGCUCCAACAACAACCACAGCUUCUCCCACUACAACCACAGCUGGCGCUACAACUAGCACAGAGGCUCCAACAACAACAACAACAGCCACUCCUACAACUAGCACAGAGGCUCCAACAACAACCACAGCUUCUCCCACUACAACCCCAGCUGGCCCUACAACUACCACAGAGACUCCAACAACAACAACAGCCACUCCUACAACUACCACAGAGGGUCCAACAACAUCAACAGCCGCUCCAACAACAACCACAGCUGCAUCUACAACUACAACAGGUGCUCCCACUACAACAUCAGCUGCACCUAUAACCGCAACAGAGGCUCCAACACCAACCACAGCUUCUCCUACUACAACCACAGCUGGCCCUACAACUACCACAGAGGCUCCAACAACAACAUCAGCCACUCCUACAACUAGCACAGAGGCUCCAACAACAACAACAGCCACUCCUACAACGAGCAAAGAGGCUCCAACAACAACCACAGCUUCUCCCACUUCAACCACAGCUGGCCCUACAACUACCACAGAGGCUCCAACAACCACAACAGCCACUCCUACAACUAGCACAGAGGCUCCAACAAAAACCACAGCUUCUCCCACUACAACCACAGCUGCCCCUACAACGAGCAAAGAGGCUCCAACAACAACCACAGCUUCUCCCGCUACAACCACAGCU